ACCUUUCCCCCCAAUCUCCCAGUUCUUACCCCAUCACCGUCUCCUCCUCCUCCUCCCCUCCACCGCGUACGUAUUUUCCAACCCACUCACCCGUCAAUCUUCAAUGGCAUCCAACCAGAUCUUUAACGUAACCGCCAAGUCUCCCUCGGCUGCGCAGCCGCACUCGCCGUGGCAUUCCCCGGUUCCCUACUUGUUUGGUGGGUUGGCAGCCAUGUUGGGUCUCAUUGCUUUUGCUCUGCUAAUCCUUGCAUGCUCCUAUUGGAGACUUUCCGGGUACCUCGAGGGAGACGGCGCCGCAGAGAGAGACCUCGAGGCAGGCGAGGGGAAGAGUGAUGAUGAUACCCAGAAACCCCCACCUGUGUUUGAAGAGAAAAUAUUGGUGAUUAUGGCUGGUGAAGUGAAGCCAACGUUCUUGGCUACGCCCAUGUCCAGUCGAUCGUCUUCUUUCGGGGAUAGUAGUUGCAGUAGUUGUGGUAGCGAAAAGAGCGAGAAGGCGGUGGAAAUGUCCGAGAAGGCUAAACAGCAAGAUGGUGGCGGUCAUGAUGUUCAAGAACCACAGAGUGAGAACAGCGAGGUCCAUCACGAGACUUCAGCUGUCCAGACCCAUUGAUUUCUUUCUUUUUGCAUCCUGUACUGGGUUUGGAUAAUAGAUGUGUUUAGUACUUGUGGGAGCUCAUGAGUUUGCAAGUUUUUGUUCGGGGUCAUUGUCGGAGUACUGUCUCUGUAAGAGCUUGCAUGUUAGAUCGGUGUGGGUUAUUCUUGGGCAUGUACUUCCUUUUUCUACCCCUUCUUUUCUCUUCGGGAAAUGUAAAUUUAUUUGAGAUUAGAAUGGAAGCAGCACCUCUUCUUCACAAAUUUAAUAUCUCUGAAUUUUGUUUACGUGAGGGUUUUAUUCCUGAUCUGAAGUCUAUUUUUGAGAAAAACCCAGAAACCAGGCCAUAUAGAAAUCAUCAUGGUGCCUGAAAUUUGACCCUAACCGGAGUCUGGUGGCCGGGAAAGCUCAGAAGGAACAGCUAAGGCACGUGGGGGGCUGGGAUCGUGUAUUGAAAAAGGGAGAAGCACGUGUAACGGUGCAGCAAAGGCAGUACUGUAGCUGAGCCUGAUGCGGCGAGGCGAAGCUGCACAGGAUGAUCGCAGCUGUUGACAAGCAUUUAAUAAUCUGCUGAUCAAAUUUUCAUGUUAUCGGUGACUAUUUUUAAUGUUUCGGAUUGCUCUGUCGCGACUCUUGUGAGUUAAUGCCAUUCUCUGUUUGUACAGUAGCAUUUUCGGCUUGGGACUCAGCUUUGUGUAGUACACAGAAUAAUCAAAUUACAACGUCGUCACUCUUUUUGCUUUGUU